UCUUCAAGUCUUGCAGCAUGAAAAUGUUCAGCCUGAUAGGGGCGCUGGACGACCUCAAGGACCGAUGGGAGGAGUACAUUGCUCUUCCCUGCGUGAAAGCAAUGUUGGACAAAAAUUAUCCGGACUACAGCCUCGAAUGCACAGCAAACGGAGAAUAUGGAGAGUCCGUGAACUGUAUCGACACUGCUGAAGCGAAGUCAUUUGUCACCGACAGUCAUCGCCGCUCCUUGGAGAUUGCAAUCGUAAGUGGUAUAACUCUUAUCGUAAAUAAUAAUACAUAUAUUUUUAACACGAUAUCGUUAUGA